ACUUUGUCAUCACAACCUCUCUGACUCCACCUGUGGACGCUCAAGACAAGCCUGCAAAACCAACACAGAGGAAGCCAUGGUGUCAAUCAAAGCGACAGUGGCAGUCAUCGCAGCUCUUACUCUUUGUCUCAUGCUAUCAGAGACAUCUGCAGUGAAUCGUAACUGCUGCAAUCGAUACAUGAAAACAAAAUUACCAUUUUCUAAAAUCAAGGGAUACUCAGUCCAGGAUCAUAAAGAGAUGUGUCCCAUCAACGCCAUCAUUUUUCACACAAUUAGGGGUAAAACGUGCACCGAUCCCACUAAGGAGUGGGUGAUGGACUACGUCGACCGUCUGAGGAACAGAGCUCAAAAGGUUCACAUGCAUAAAUAAAAGUGAAGAUAGAAACCUCCAAGACGAAGUUAUGCAGCUGAGCCAGCAACAUAUUCCUUCACAGCUUUGCCUUUUUUCGAGCACGGUACCCAUGGUAUUUCAUAAUACCAUAAUUAUAAUAAUAACAACCACCUUUUCUAAGUGUUACUGUGCACUUUGGCCAUCAGCUCAGUUAUAAGAGCGUAGCAUUACAUUAUUUUAACAUUUAUUUUUUUUAUAUGUGUUGUAGUUUGCAUUUGUAUAUAUUGCAAUCAUUGAACUUUUA